AUGAGGAGUAGGAAGGGCAACGGGGUUAGUCGUCGUAGUGCUGUUGAGGCAGCUGCUCCGAUCGUCGAGCCUUCACCUAUUCUACCUAGGAAUCCAGCUGUUCGGGUCGGUACCCUUAGCAACGGCUUGCAGUAUGUGAUUCAAGACCAUAAGGAUGUUGGUGGGAAGUCAGUCCAUGCAACACUGGAGGUUCAUGUUGGUAGUCGAGAUGAGAGUGCAGGGGAGCAGGGGAUGGCACAUCUUGUAGAGCAUGCUGCCUUCAUGGGCUGUGAUAAGGAGAGGGCGGCACUGGCCAUGAAGGGAGGACAGAGUAAUGCCGAGACGGAUUAUCAUCAUGUUAGCUUCGAGACUGUGGUCCUUAACGCGGAAGGCCUUGGGGCUGCUCUUGAACUACUGCGACAGGCUGGCUUUGAGGCGAAGUUGAAUAGGGAUGUAGUGGAGAGGGAAAGGCUGGUGGUACUGCGUGAGAAGGCCCAGAUGGAUACGCAUGAUUAUGCCCAGGAGUGUGCGGCUUUAGAGGCCCUGCAUAGGGAAAAUGUAUUGGGCACGCAGUUUCCUAUUGGGAGCUCUACCCUAGUACAGGGAUGGACGGUGGGACAAGUGAAAGACUUCUACAAGAAGUGGUUCAGACCAUCCAAUAGCACAUUGUUCAUCGUUGGGGAUCUUAACGGGCGAGAGGAGGAAGUCAUUUCUGAAAUCGAUCGGAAAUUUCAAGCUGUCGAAGCAGGUGUUGCUGCUUUACGUAAGCCCGUGUACCAUGAGUGGCAUCCUAAGGCUCCGACUAUUCGCAUAGACUCCCAGUCGCAGAAUUCUGCUGUGGGUCGCAUAACGUUGAUGUCUAAGCAGCCAGUGCAUCCAUUGCGGACUUUGGCCGACAUGAGGAAGUAUGUAGCAGAGGACAUCGCUAUACGAGCGGUAGCUUCGAGACUUCAGAGGGCGAGCAGGGGUAUGGGGGUCCCGGUCGUGGCCGAGGCCGACUGUGUGGACAGCAUUCGGGAGGGCUGUAGAGUGAGUAGCAUAAGGAUUGGUGGUACGACAGUGGAAGGAGCCAAGCUCGGCGUGAGAGAGGCGGCCAGGAUCGUAGCUGAUGUGUGCUCUAGUCCAUUGGCAAGGGAGGAAGUGAGAGUUUUUGGGGAGGAUUAUGUGAAGGGGUUGGCUGAUAUGGAAGAUGCUAGUAGUGAUGAGCAGCUACAGAUGCUGAUGGAUCUCCUGUUACUGGGUCAUACGCCAGUGGCCCCUGAGGACGCGACUGGACUGGCCAAGGAGACCGUGAAGGAAGUGAACCCGAUGGAAGUGAUGGAGGGGGCACGUCGAGUUUUCGGUGGUCUGUUGGACGAGAGGCUCAGGGUUUAUGCAACUGGCAAGGGCUGGACGAAAGCCGCCAUUCUAGAGGCCCUACGUCAGGGUUCUAUGGAGAAGGGACCAAGGCCUCAGCCUCUGGCCUUGCACUGUCAUCGCCUAUUGGAGGAUGAUGAGAGCUCAACACCUCAUGUACUCGAUAUAGGCAAACACGACGGAGUCUACAGUACCCGCUUGGACACUGGAGUGAAGGUACGAGUGGUGCAGUCGGCGGGAGAGCCUGGGAGCUAUCGUGUACGUAUACGGUGGCCAGGAGGAGCAUUGAGAGCUCGAAGUGCGGCUCAUGCAACCGUCGCCAGCCAUGUUCUUGCUUCCCAAUGGCAGACAGCUGAUGGCAGUGUUGAUGCUUUCAUGAAGGAGCACUCUCUUAGCGAACCGGUGAUGGGUCAGUCGCUAGAGUGGACCGAAAUCAGUGUAUCGGGGGCUAAAGAUGUUCAGGCUGCCUUGGAAUUCCUCAAGUAUGUGUUGGGAAGGCAAGUAAAGGCAGGUGCUAAGGGGUCGGUCCAUAUCGCCAAGGCUUUGGCGAGCCUGGAGGCCUUAAAGUCCGGUAAGGACCUGUCUCUUGAACGAGAGGGGCUCGAUAGGCUGGUGAGCAGAAUGUACCCUGGCACGGAUGUGCUCAGAGAGCCACAGAGCUUGGGCCAGGUCCAAGAGGUUACCAAGGAGCUAUCUUGGGGCGACGACUCACAGCUGGAGAUUGAUAUGGUCGGCGACUUCGACAGCCCUCAGGAGGCCUUCUCGGCAGCUGGUCGAUUCUUUGGAUCAUCGAAAAUGGUGGAAGGACAGGCGGAUGACGAGACUGUUGCAACGCUGCCUAAUGCGGCUGAUUCAAAGACUGAUGCUCCGCAGAGGGUGAGCUUACCGAAGGUCGCUGACGAUCGAGCCUUGGUACUCCUAGGGGGAGGUAUGAAGGAGCGCCCAAGGUGGCAGGUAGCCCUACUGGCAGAGGAUAUCCUCAACGCAGCACUCUUUAAGAGGCUGAGGGAGGAAACUCGACUUACAUACGAUGCUCGGGGGUCGUUCUUGGUACCAGAUCGCCCUUCUACUGGUGCGGGGCAUUGGACGGUGGCGGUCCAUACUGAUCCAACUGAUGCCGCCCAAUGUGUGACAGAGGCCCUACGGGUGAUUCGAGGGAUGAAACAGGUUGAUGAGUCGUCCUUGGCCAGAGCUAAGGCCAGUGUGAUGGGGCAACUUUCGCAGCUGCAAACCGCCAAUGCCUUCAUCUUGGCGAUGUUGGACAAGCCUGGAGGGCUGCACGGGAUAGAGCAGGUUACAUCAGAGGAAGUAGAGGCAGUGCUCAAAGCUAUGUGUGUUGGGCCUACGUCCACACACGUUGUCGUGGCCGAAGGCGAGAAUGAUAAAGUUUCUACGUGGUUGGUUUGCUUCGUCACUAUAGCGCCAGCAAAGAAGAAAGGAUCGGAGGCGAUUGUGAAGCCCAAGGCGAAAGCUAAGGGUAAGGCCAAAGCCAAAGCUGCUGCUACUGUUGCGGCAAUUGAAGUGGUUCAUGGAGGCAAAGAGGUCCUAUCCCUAGUGGGUAUGCCUCGUCCCUUCAAAAGUCUUCGUGAACUGGAUAUGGAUGAGGCUGCUACUCAAGUGGUGGAGGCAUUGAAGUGA